AUGAUCGUUAGAAGAGACGAAAAGCCGAAAAAACAAUUCGGUUUUUCAGUAUGGAAUCAAAGAAGCUCGAAGAAACAUGGAUUCGAGAAAAAGAUUGCGCGCAAGAUCUUUUCAGUUAUCCUGCUGAUACCCCUCGUGAUAAUUUUAACCCACAAAUUAACUCGGGACAAGGAAUGGCUGCGAAAAAAAAACGAGGCUGACAGCACGACUCCCAAAAGUUUCGCUUUUCAAAUAAUAACUCAAGAAGACGAUGGAUACGUAGUGACCGAAGGCAUGAAAAACGGGACGAAAGUGACUUACAUGGAAGCUCGGAGCCUCGGCAAAUCGUCGAACCACCAGAGCGAGGCAUCGCCCGGCGAAUUUCCCUAUCACGCAGCCAUCUUCGAAGGCAACGAGUACGUCUGCAGUGGAAGUUUAAUAAGCAGAAGACACGUCCUUACGGCGGCGCAAUGUGUCGUGGAUAUUAAGCAAAAAAUUAAGAUCCAAUUGGGUCGUAAUUUGAAGCGGGGCCUGCUAUACGACGUCGACGGAGUGUCAAGGCAUAGGCAUUAUCGGGGAGGAAAACGAUAUCACAAAGCUGAUGUUGCCAUUAUUCGUCUGAAAAAAUCGAUCGUGACAUCGAAUUUUGUGAGACCCAUUGCCUUGCCAGAAGCCGAACAACCGUCGGGAUUUUUUAUAUUUUACACGACUGGAUACGGCGUUGAUGUGGGUCCCGAAAGCGUCCUGAGAAAGAUGCCGCUGCGCCUGGUACCAAACAGCGACUGCUAUAACGCUUCUACGGACAACGAAGAAUUACAAUUCGCCAAUGACAUCAUUUGUACCAGGAUACUCACCGAAUACGAUAGUUGCGAAGGCGACAUCGGUAGUGCACUGGUCGAUGGGAGGAAAAACGUCAUAAGAGGAAUCGCCUCCUCGGGCGACGACUUCUGCAACCAUCCAGAUAUUUUUAUCAACGUGACGGACUAUCUGGAUUACAUAAAGAUGGAAAUUUCAUCGGAUAAGUUUAGCGGCCAACAUCCGUCGAUGGUAUUCAACGAGCGCAUUGGAGCACCGCCGGUAGAUCGGAACGAUCGAGUUGAGGGCGAAAAAAACGAAGAUGACGAUAGUUGGUCGCCCUUAUGGGUCAAAGUACUGACGACGAUAUUCGGUGGAAUGAGAUAG